GAUGCACAGCUAGAUGCACAACGAGCGAGUGCACAGGCCAACUUGGCGUCCCCCAUGCUGGCCAACAUUUUUGGCCGCGGACGGCAGCGCAAAGCGAAGACUAAGACAAGGCAUGCAAAGACCACGGAGGUGGCGGAAGCAGCCGAGGAGAAUGCGGCAAAGAAAGCGAAGAAGAAGCAGAUCAAGAUAAGGAAUUCAGAGGCGAGCGAGGCCAAGUUUGCAGAAGCACAGGACCUGGCCAGGCCGAAGCGAGCGCUGGCAGGCAGCAAAACCAGCGGUGCUGCUCGGCGCCGCCUGGCGAGGGCCAAAGUAGCCCAGGCUGAGGCUGAGGAUGUCGCGGAGCACGAGGCGGAGGCGCCUUCACAGGCUCCCGUGAGUGAAGUGCACGUGAGCGGUGCCGAUUUGAAGCCGUGGGCUACCUUUGAACAGCUCCAGAGCCAGCUGCCAAAGGUGGUCACGUCUUUUAUGGCGAAGUUCAAAGGAUUUCAGGAGCCGAGUCCAAUCCAAGCCUACUGCUGGCCAGCUGCCUGUGCAGGCAAUCACGUGGUUGGCAUUUCGAAGACAGGUAGUGGCAAGACCUUGGCCUUCCUGCUCCCCGCACUGCAGCGGUGUUUGAGCUUCCACUCAGCGGCCACGCCCAGCUUUGGCCCGUAUGCGGUGAUUUUGGCGCCCACCCGGGAGCUGGCCUUGCAGAUCGGCAAAGACGGGGCGGGACUUUGCAGAGCCACCCGCGUGAAGCUGCAGUGCCUCUAUGGUGGGACCAGCAAAGGCGAGCAGAUCAAGUCCUUGAGCAGCACCGUGGACCUCAUCGUUGCGACGCCCGGGCGGUUGGGUGAUUUGGCCACCAAGCCGGACAAGUUCACUGGCCAGACCAUCCUCUCCUUGUCCAUGGUGCACUACGUCGUUUUGGACGAAGCUGAUUGCAUGUUGGACCUGGGGUUUGAACACCAGGUGAAGAGCAUUCUGGAGCACGUGGCGGAGGAGCGGCAAGUGCUGUGUUUCAGCGCCACGUGGCCCAAGAAAUUGCAGAAGUUGGUGGAGGCCUUCAUGCCAGGCACAGUCCACAUCAAAGUUGGCUCCCCUGACGCUGACAUCUCCAGCAACCACAACGUCAUGCAGCGCGUCAGGCUGAGAGGUGAGAAGAGCGUUGAGCUGAAGAAGCUGCUCAGAGGCCACGACAAGGCGUGCAUCGUUUUCUGCGCUCUGAAGAAGACAGCGGCCUCACUGGGUCAGUGGCUUCGGGAGGAGGGCUUCCCUGCGGUGGCGCUGCACGGCAAGCUGCCGCAGUCAGAACGCCAGGAAGCCAUGCGGCGCUUCCGCCAGGGGGAGGCGAGUAUUUUGGUGGCCACCGAUGUUGCGGCGCGAGGGUUGGAUGUCAAAGGUGUGUCACUGGUGGUAAGCUACGAGCCCGCAGUCUCCCUGGAUGCCCACGUGCACCGCAUCGGCCGCACGGGCAGAGCAGGCGAACAGGGCACCGCAUACGCACUGCUCGAAGCCGAGGACGUGAGCUACGCCAAGAUUCUGUCAGAGUCAUUGCGCAGCACUGGCCAGGCAGUACCUCCCAUGGUUGCAGAACUUGCAGAACGUCCAGUACCAGAGCCUCCGCAGCAGGCCACAAAGAAGGGCAAGCAGCGCGCAGAAAACGGCGAUCAAAGGGCUGUGCAUGCCGCCAUGUGCCACCUGGCAGUCUCCAAAUCCUCGCGCGCCGUCAGCGUCCUGUCGAGAUCUCACGAGAUUGUCCUGGCCUACGUCCUGGCAGACCUGCUGGACCUUCCCAAGGAGCCCUUGCUUCUGAAGUUCCUGUCGCAAAGCGCGGAGCACGCGGGGCGCUUGGAUGUUGCAGCGGAGGUCCUGCUGCAGCACCCGCAGGGCCCAAGUAUGCAGAUUCCCUUGCUCGCGGCGAGAAAUGGCUUUCCGGAUUCUCUCCGACCCUACACGGCCACCAGCAGAUCGGAGCAUCAGGAGCGUGCGAGCCAGUGCAUGGCCGAAGAAGACAUGCUGCAGGCAGUGCUGCAUUUGGCCUGCUCGCGCCAGGACGAGCAGGCAGUGCGGAUUGCCGUGGACGCGCUCAUGGCGCUCUUUGGGCGGCCUGGUGGAUGGACUUUAGCCGAGGCUCGGCAACUUCUUGAGCCUUUGGAGUCCUUGCCAGUGCAGGACCUUGGCGUCAAGGAAAUCGCCAGCACCCUGGCCUGUGCAUCAUUUGUGGGGCUCGUGGAGGCGUCCAUGCUUGGCUACCACGAGCUCAUGUUCCCUUUGGCGCAGACGCUGCGAAACAUCAUCACCCACCAGAACCUGCAAUUCCCUGUUUCACUCUUCGAGAUCACCUUGCUGGAGGCCUCCAGCACAGCGCAUCGCGCGCCUGCACAUGCUCAGAACCAGAUGGUCUCAUUGAUGGGAAAUCCGGAGCUCCCAGCCCACAUCCGGCAAGCCUGUGAAGGGCAGGUGGCAGCCAUUGAGCAAAGGACUGCAGCUGAUGAGUGGCCAGCUGGGGAUGGUCCAGGCCUGCUAAAGCUGGCAGGUAGCCAUCUUCCAGCUUGCUACAAAAAGUAUGCCAAGGCUUCAGUGCUGACGAACCAACUCAUCCGUGGACCAGCCUUCGAGUUGGAGGAUCGGAAGAACUUUGUGUCGCUGUCUGAUGCUUUGGCAUGGGUGCGUGUCAAUGCCUUUAGUCCGCUGAAUACGGGAUGCAAAAUCUAUCCCUUCUAA